UCGUUGUGUCGUUUAGUGUCCUCAGGGACGAUUCCGAGCGGUGGCUGACAUUCAAUCCCAUACGCCCGCCUUCCGUCACACUGCCACUGCCAACUCCACUACAACCACCCGCGAUAAGGAGAGAGAGAGACUCACCUCCGCAACUCACCAACGAUUCCACCGCUACCCAUUCAACCCCGACGCUCCCCUGGGCGGUUUUCGCCUGAUUCUCCCUGAUUCCCGAGAGCUACCGCUAUACCAGGAGCUCUGCUUAUUUUACCCUACUUCCUUUCUGAUCAUCCUCCCAUUGAGCUCGAGUGUCCGGUUGUCGUCACUAUGUCGAAAGUCGUGCGCAGUGUAAAAAAUGUCACCAAGGGUUACUCGUCGGUCCAGGUCAAGGUCCGAAAUGCAACGAGUAAUGACCCCUGGGGCCCGACCGGUACAGAAAUGGCAGAGAUUGCCGCCCUGACGUUUAGCAGUCCCACCGAUUUCUACGAGAUUAUGGACAUGCUGGACAAGCGACUAAAUGAUAAGGGAAAGAAUUGGCGUCACGUGUUGAAGUCCCUGAAGGUAUUAGAUUACUGUCUCCACGAAGGCUCAGAGCUAGUCGUGACGUGGGCCCGGAAGAAUGUCUACAUCAUCAAGACCCUGCGCGAGUUCCAAUACGUGGAUGAGGAUGGCAGAGAUGUCGGUCAAAAUGUGCGUGUCGCUGCUAAAGAACUCACUACUCUGGUGAUGGAUGAAGACCGAUUGCGAAGUGAGCGCUCUGACCGAAAGCUGUGGAAAUCGCGGGUGAGCGGGCUAGACGACUACCCAGGCCAUGGCAGUGAACCACAACCACGUCGCAACGAGCGCCGUCGGCGUCCCGCGGAUGAUGAUGAUGUUGAAUACCGCUUGGCGAUCGAGGCUAGCAAACAUGAGGCCGAAGAGGAACGGAAGCGACGGGCGAAGAGCUCUAUGCAAACCGGGGAGGAGGACGAAGAUCUAGCUAAGGCGAUCAAGCUGAGUAAGGAAGAGGAAGAACUUCGCAAGCGCGAACUGGAAGAGAGCAACGCACAAUCCCUCUUCGAUGAUGCCCCCGUCCAGGCCGCCCCGGCACAGCCCACCGGUUACAACCAGGGAUACCAACAGCAAAGUGCGGUGGACUGGUUCGGCAACCCGAUCAACCCCCAGCAACCUCUGUCGACUGGAUACUUGAACAACCAAUACGCACAGCAGACUGGAUUCCAGGGACAGAUGACUGGAAUGCCCAAUGGCUACACCAACGGAUUCCAGGCGCAGCCUACAGCCUUUGACCAGAACCCGUACGGUCAGCCCCAGAAUAACUUCCUGCAGCCACAGGCCACGCUACAACCCCAGGCAACCCUGCAGCCGCAGCAUACAGCGUUUAACACCAACAAUCCCUAUGGUACCACCGACAUGUUCGCCCAGCAACAGCAACAACCCCAACCGCAGCAACAGCAACAACAGCCGCAAGAUAACUUCCUUUCGUCGGGCACCAAUAACCCAUGGGCCUCUGGCAGCCCGCAGCCGGGAGAUAUGUUGAAACCAAUGCAGACCGGUUCCAACAAUCCAUUUGCUCAGCGCACGCAGCCGCAGCCGCAGCAGUUCCAGACCAGGCCCGCAACGUCCGGACACCCAUCUCUGAACACGCUGGCAGAAGAGCGCGCGACCACCGCCUUCAAUCCAAUCGCCAACUACCAGGCCCCUGUGGCCCCUGCACCACCCAAGAGUACCCCGCCUCAGAUGAACGACCCGCAUCAUGCUCGUCUCAAUGCACUCCUCGCCAGCGGCGACGGCCAGGAUACCUUUGGAAACGUUGGCGACCUUCGUAUUCCCGCUCAACACACCGCACCCGGCACCUUCGUCAAUUCUGCUGGUCAAGGUCUCGAUCGCCUACGCGCCAACCAGACCGGUAACAACCCAUUCUUCGCCCAACAACGGUUCGUUCCCCAGCAAACAGGAUUCGCCCAGCAGCAGACCGGUUUCGCGCAGCCCACGAACAACCCCUGGGGUGCACAGCAAUCAUACCAGCAGCAGCCUCAGGCCGGAGGCAGCCUGAUAGAUCUGUGAAAGACGAAAAAUGUUCAUCCGUGAUGUCCAUGGUAUACAACUUAACGGGUUUGUGGGUGGAAGUGGAAUACGAUACCAGGUCUUUUAUCUUGUCUUGUCUUUAUCGAUUAUAUCUCUACUUCUCUUUCCUUUUAUUCCCUUUGUUCCGUUGCGUCGUCUUUACAACGAAUGGUUGGGUGUUGUGCUCGCAUUGAAUUAGGGUUCCGGAAUUGACGUACAGAUUUCAGUCCAGUUCAUUUAAACCACUUUUACUACUUCUAUCGCUCCACUAUGUUCUGACGCUUUACCUUCUCGCGUGCGCGCUCUCUCUCUCUCUCUCUCUCUCUCUCUCUCUACCUGACUCGAUUUGAUGCUAGCCGGGAUAUCCAACCAGUUUAAACCAGACCCUUUGCUUUCAUGUGUUUGUCUUGCCCUUUUAUCUCCUUGAUGAUGUACCGUUCUACUUAUACCUAUUACCUACUCUAUUUAUUUGGGUUCAUGUUUCGUAGUAUAUAAAUUAUAUUGUAUUGUAUUAUACAUGGUUGUACUUCGUAUAUUGAUAUUGUUAUACCUACGUAGUAGACUUAGUUAUCUAAAGUCUAGAUUUACUGUA